AUGGACCCCAACACUACUGCUGCCGCCAUCGACGAGACCCCUCUCUCCGCAUCUCCAGAACGUCGCAGUUCCUUGGAGAAGCAUCUCCAGAGACGCCCCGACGUGCAGGAUCUCAAAGAUAGACAUAUUCUGUUGGAUACGAAUGUUGCACCAUCCCUCCAAGCAACCCGCCAAGAACUUGCCCGCCAACGCACCACAGACGCCCUGAAGAAACAUCUCGAACAUCGUCCUGAGCGGGAGGAGCUGGUUGAGCGGAACAUCCUCCCAACCACCCACGCCGCCCCCGCACUGCAGGCCAACGCCCGCGAACUCGAGAAACAUAUGUUGGCUGAUCACCUCGACCAGAAGAUUCAGAAUCGGCCUAAUCCGGAGGAUUUGAUCUCGCAGGGCAUUUUGACGGAGGAUGAGGACCCGAGGUUUCCAACUGUUUAG